CCACUCUUCCAAGGCGCGCAAUUCGCUUUGUCCAUUAGUGAUCGCCCGUCGCUCUGUGAGGAUGUGCUCCGUGGUGCCGGGCUACUCGCCGGGGUUCAAGAGGCCCCCGGAGACGCUGCGCCUGAAGAGGAAGAGGCCGCGGAGGGGAAGCAGCAGGAACGAGGAGGCGCCCGGCCUCUCCCCGGAGGGCUGUGCCCCGCUGUCCCCGCGGCCUUUCCCCGGGAGCGGAAGAGGCCGGCCCAGGAACCCCUUCCUCAACUUGGGCAACACCCCGCGGCCUCCGCAGGCCAGGAAGAGAGAGGCCGCGGUGGGAGGAAAGUUUCUGAAUGGUCUUGAAGAGGACAGGUCUUCUCAGAAAGAAAACUAUUCUGAAGCGGCUGCUGUGGACACUUCCAUCAAGGACACCCCAUCUGUAGCCACUUCCAAUGCCGAUGUUCCUUCCUUCCCAAGUUUUGAAUUCCCUGCGGAUUGGAGUAUUAAAACCCGCCUUUUAUUUACGUCUUCUCGGUCGUUUGCAUGGGCAGAUCACAUAAAAGCCCAAGAAGAAUCCCAAGGAUAUGUCCAACAUUGUAGAUCAACAUUUACAAACCUUCCUCAAAGCAUUCAGGAACCCAAACUCUCUACAGACCUCCGAUGUGCUUUCCAGCAAAGUCUUGUGUAUUGGCUUCAUCCAUUCCUGCCAUGGCUGCACCUGUUUCCUCGCAUUGGAGCAGAUAGGAAAAUGGCCGGAAAAAAUAAUCCUUGGUCCUAUGACGAAGGCCUCCAACAAACUCUCAUGAGUGAAUGGUCUCUCAGUUUUACCUCUCUCUAUAAUCUGUUGAGAGCCAAGCUGUGUCCCUAUUUCUACGUUUGCACUUACCAGUUUACGGUGCUCUUUCGUGCAGCAGGGCUUGGUGGGAGCGAUGUAAUCACUGCAUUAAUUUCUCCUACAACCAGAGGCUUAAGGGAAGCCAUGAAAAGUGAAGGCAUUGAAUUUUAUAUGCCAUUCCAAGAAAUCAGAAAAGGAAAAUCAAAUUCUUCAUCAUCUCAUCUGGAAUCAGAAUUUGAUAAUGAUUCUGAAGGAACAGGCAAAAAUGCAGAGAAUGAAGAGGAGCAACAGCUUAGUUGUGGUAAUGAUGAAGAUGACGACGACGAAGGAUUUUUAUGGCUGGAAGAGAUGGGAGUUCAAGACAAAAUAAAAAAGCCUGAUACAAUUUCUAUCCAACUCAAUAAAGAGAGACAUGAAGUACAGCUGGAUCACAAACCUGAGUCUGUGGUGUUAGUGAAAGGAACGAACACAUUCACCUUGCUGAACUUUUUGAUGAACUGUAAGAGUUUAGUGGCUUCUGCUGGUCCUCAGGCUGGUCUCCCUCCAACACUGCUCUCCCCAGUUGCUUUCAGAGGGGCGACGAUGCAGAUGCUCAAGGCCCGAAGCAUAAGCAUAAAAGCUCAAGUGAAUUCACAUUACAAAGAUGCAUUUAGUUUGGAGAUUGUGGGUCCUGUCAUGCCUCAUUCGCUACAUUCGUUGUGCAUGCUGCUGCAGUCUUCUCAGAAUGGAUCUUUCUCUGCUGUGUGUUAUUCGCAUGAGCCGACAGCAGUCUUCAACGUGGGCAUCGGCAAUGAGAAGAAGAUAAAGGAGGAAUCGCUUGGCAAAGACCUUUGCAACUGCGGAAUACACCCUGACGCUUUGAGUCAACUUGCUCUUUCUCCAACAUUAGGAAAGUCUUCUAUCCGGACCCUUGAAGUUAGUGAUUACACCUACACGUGGAAAGUCUAAUUGGUCAAUGAACGAUUGCUGUCUAGUGUUUCCUGAAAUAGUUUCUGCUGCUGUUUCUAGAACAUUUGGUAAUGUGCAAAACUUGAAAAACUAUCCCAUUGGUGAGCUUUCUGUAACCUGACUUGAAGCUGUUCUGUAUGGUUAAUCUUUACAGCUCUUGUUUUUAAAUUUUAACCAGAUUUUAAAUUAAACUUUAUAUUACAAACAAA